AUGGCUGCUACAAUCGACUCCCCCACCGCGGAGCAUACACCACUAGCCUCCGUCUCCACCUCCGCCUCCGCCGAUUCCGCCUCCCGCCGCCGCUCCCCCUCCCCGUGCGCCGCGACCUGGUCGCUCCCUUUCCGCCACGCGGCUUCCGCUUCCCCCUCCGCCACGCUCCUCGUCCUCCCCGAUGGCUCGGCGCGCCUGUACACGGAGGAGCUGACAGUCGCACAACUCGCCUGCGACUUCCCCGACGUCGUCGUCAGCUGCUCUGCGAUCGUCGCUGGCGACACUCGCGCACGAGCGCAGCUGGCAGCACACGGGGCAAGCGGAGGAGGAGGCACAGCAGCAGGAAGUGUGGGCGGCAGCACUGCACUCGACCGGCCUGUGGGAGCGUGCCACGUGGCAGUGCCAGCUGGCAGAGCUCUGAGGCGGUGCUUUUCGCACACGGAGAUGCGGGUGGGAGAUGGGCGGGUGGUCUGGUGGGGCGGGGAAGCGGAGCAGGCGGAAAGGCAGGGGGAGGCGGAGGCGGAAGAUGGGGCAGAGCUUAAAAAAAACGGCAAGACCAGGAUAGACAAUAUCCGAGAGCUAGAAUCGGAUGAUUUAGGCAGUGGUGGCGUGGUUAACGGUGGUGACUCUCCCUCCCUCCUCUCUCUCACCGACACUCCUGCCAGCAAAUCCGCCGAAGCACCCACUACAGUCACAUCUGCUACAGGAACGUGUGAUGUGCACGCACCUGUUACAGUUUCUUCCCGCCCCGGCCACAACCGUCGUCGCACCAUGGAUAUAUGCCUGCCUCUGCCGUCCCUCUCCCCUGCUACAGUCCCUGCUACAGUAUCUGCCCGAAGAGGAUCUUUUUCAGCUGCCCAGUCACCGAAAAGUAUUCCUUCGGGCAGUGCAGGAAGCAGAGGAGGGGCUGCGUCUGCUGCUUUCUCUCCAUCCCCUUUAAGAGCCAACUCGGAAUCCCCCAUCCCAAGUGCAAGCUCCGUUUCCUCGUUUAACUCUUCCUUCAAUUCAUCAUUCUCCCACUCCUCCUCCUCCUCCUCCCCUGCCUCUUCCACCUCCUCUCCUUCCUCCUGCUUCUCCUCCCACUCACCCUCCCUCCCAUCCCCUUCUCACACACCCAGUCCCCACCUCCCCCAGAAACAACCCACUCCCAGCCUGCUCUCCCCAAGCCAGCUCCUACCUCCCCUGGCACACCCCUCCCCCAGUUGCGCCUCCCCCACAUCGCACCUGGAAACAGCCAGGCCCAUCUCACCCCACUGCACCCAAUCGCUCCUCUGCAGCCACUCACCCCACUCCACCGCAUCCAACUCCUCCCAUCUGCCUCCUCUGCCAUCACCUUCCGGCCUGCCAGGACUGUCAGCCCUGCAGGGGCAUGUGGGCAGGGCCCCUGUGUCUCCUCACUCCCUCUCCAAGGGAACGGGGAAGGUGGUGAGGGUGUCACGAUUUCAGAGGCAGGAGGGGGAGGGAUAA